GUUUAUCGUCGGUAUUUUUGUGAUUGCUGAAAAUCAACCCAUUGUCUUGAUAGGCAGACUUGCUAACAAGUAUUAUCAGUAUCCUGUACAGUAAAAUCAUAAUAUAAACUUGUUGAACUGCCUGUUACUCGAAUUACGAAACAUAGGGAAUAUUACAAGUUUCCCAUAAUUAGGCGUUUAGAGAAAAUACUACAAGACACCCCCAUUUCACCUCGAUGUAUCUUGCACCCUAGUUAAAAAUUUUAAACAAGACAAAAUCCUGAUUACUAUUGCGAAUAUCUUUCGAUUUUAUAUAAUUCGUUGACUGAAAAUUAAUCAGUCAACGUGUAAUCGAUGCUGAUCCCAUCAUCUGCGUUUGUUUUAUGGGCUACACCGUGUAACUGUAAUGCUGUAACUCAACAGCAAUGGCAAACUCAUGGCAAACUGUAAAUUUGGCUCGGAAAUUUCCGUGGGAGUUCGCUGGGGCUCGUAUUCUGCGCAAGAGUUUAGAGUAGGCAGCGAAAGCAGCCGUCGUUGACACUGGCCUAUUGUUGAGUUUUAGGAGUGGAAUAUCGUUCGAAUUCGUGAAGUAUAUUGUUUAAACGAACGUGUAAGAGUGUUUAAAUGAAGCGGUUGCAUUCGGUGAAGUGAUACAAGUGCGGGUGGAUCGAUAUUAGUUAAAUAAAGGGGGUUAAAUCUGCAAGGCCAUUUAGCUAAACAUGAUGUCGCCAUCAACGUUCAAUGCCAGCAAAACAAAACAACCUGCGUCAGGUGGGUCUCGGUAGAAAAUGGCAGUGAUUAGGGAAGUAAGAUUUAUCCAUGGUAGAUUACCAACGUUUUCGUACAGAAUACCAGCCCGUGGGAAUGACCAUAACAACACCAUGUCACAGGGAUACUCAGGCAACAAUGCUGCCGAUUUGGGCGAUUUGAGCGAUUCAGAGGAUGGUUAUCUCGAAACAGAUCCUCUUCGAUAUGAGCUAAAAAAUAUUCAAAGCGUCAUUCACGUCACCAGGCAAAAUAUCGACGCAUUGAAUAAUAAAUUUGCCGGAUUUCAACAUCCACCUUCAAUCUACCUCACCGAGUACCAAGAGCUCACAAGCAAGUUGCAUGAACUCGAGUCUAAGGAACAAAAAUUAAACGAACUACUCAACACGGUCAGCAUCAGUGUCGAUUACGAAGUUCAGACACCUUCUCGACAACCUGAUCCAAGAACGCCACUCAAAUCCUUGCUAAGAGCUCACCUGCCAAAUCAGCAACGCACCAGUGUUCAAGUCAGAGAAGGACUCUCUUUGAGGGACGCACUUGCUAAGGCAAUGAAGCUUCGCAAUCUCACCCCAGAGAUGUGCAUUGUUUAUGUAAUCGGACACAGCGAUAAUAAGAUUCCUAUCCCAUGGGAUACGGACAUUUCCUCGCUAGAAGAAAUAUCAGUUGAGAUUCUAGAUAAAUUUCCAAUAACAACUUCGAUAUCACACAAUUUUGUUCGAAAAACAUUUUUCUCUUUAGCUUUCUGCGAAUGUUGUAGAAAACUUUUGUUUCAAGGCUUUUACUGCCGAACUUGUAACUAUAGAUUUCAUCAACGUUGCGCAGGUGGCGUUCCGGCGCUCUGCCACCAAGUUCGAAUGCAGGACGCUUACUACCAAGCCUUGCUAGCUCAUAAUCCUGAAACCACUGCCGGAAUAAUUCAACUUCCAUCUGAGUAUGGUCUUAGUCGAAGCAUGUCUCCAUCGUUGGCUCCUGUCAGAGGUCACAGGCAUCCGAGAACUCUAGGACAACAAGACCGCUCUAGUUCAGCCCCCAAUGUAUGUUUCAACAUGGUAAAACCAGGAAGCGAUCCAACAUCUCUGGAGGACUAUACUAGAUCUCAGAGCUUAGGGAGACCUGUUGGGAAUAUUCAGAGCCCAGUUUCGCCAGGGAGUAGCCCUACCAAGCAUAGUCAAUCGACUCAGGCAAGUCCCACGAGUACAUUGAGGCCAAAACGACCGAGAGCCAGAUCGGCAGAUGAGUCAUCCAAGAAUUUGUUGGCUCCAAGGGAGUCUAUCGAAGACUGGGAAAUUCCAGCUGAUGAAAUAUUGGUAGGACCAAGAAUCGGUUCUGGGUCCUUUGGAACUGUAUACAAGGCGCAUUGGCAUGGACCAGUUGCAGUAAAAACAUUGAAUGUCAAGAUUCCAACAGUGGCACAACUUCAGGCUUUUAAAAAUGAAGUUGCAGUGCUCAGAAAAACGCGUCAUGUUAAUAUACUACUGUUUAUGGGGUGCGUCAGCAAACCUCAGCUAGCCAUAGUUACCCAAUGGUGCGAGGGAUCCUCUUUGUACAAACAUCUUCAUGUGUUUGAAUCAAAGUUCGAACUCUUGACGCUCAUUGAGAUUGGUAGGCAGACUGCGCAGGGCAUGGAUUACUUACAUGCCAAGAAUAUUAUUCAUCGAGACUUGAAGAGUAACAAUAUAUUUCUACACGAUGAUCUGACGGUAAAAAUUGGUGAUUUUGGACUAGCCACGGCAAAGACUAGGUGGUCAGGAUCUCAGCAGUUCCAUCAACCAACAGGAUCAAUUCUGUGGAUGGCACCGGAAGUAAUUAGAAUGCAGGAGGAGAAUCCCUACAGCUAUCAGUCGGAUGUAUAUGCAUUUGGAGUAGUACUUUUUGAAUUGUUGACUGGACAGUUACCAUAUUGUAACAUAAACAACAAAGAUCAAAUUCUCUUCAUGGUUGGAAGGGGCUUUUUGCGACCUGAUUUGAACAAACUCAGAUCAGAUACCCCGAAAGCCUUGAAACGGUUGACGGAAGACUGUAUCAAAUUUUCUAGAGACGAUAGACCGAUAUUUCGACAAAUUCUCGCUAGUUUGGAAGGUUUGCUUCAAGGCUUGCCUAAAAUUACUAGAUCAAUUUCCGAGCCAAAUUUGAAUCCAACUCAGCUUCAAUCGGAUGACUUUCUUUACGCAUGUGCGUCGCCCAAGACACCGGUGAAUUAUCAAUUUGGAGCAUUCCCUUUCUAUCCAUCAGGUGGGAACAUAUAAUGGACAUUACUUGGAACGCCAUCACGCUCUGCACAUAAAAAUAUUAUAGAAUGAACUGAAAAUACUAAACUACGAACAAUCUAAAUAAUACUUUUUGUUAUUAAUAUAGAGCGUGAAAAAAUAUUACCAAUGAUCGACCUGACAAAUAUGAAAAUGCUGCGCUCUGAUAUAUCGACUCUUAAUAGUAAUGAGAUGGAAAUAAUCCAUCACUGUAUGAUUAGACAUUAAUGAAUUUACAACUGUGUAUGGUAUUCUAGGAGGCAUGGUAUCUGUGUGUUAUUCAAUAUCUGCUCUCGUAUUUAUUUUCUACAAAGAUAUUUCACUUCCAAAUGGUAAUAGUAAUUUUACUAAUUUUUUCAAAUCCUUCAAAAGGAUGUAAAUAUUUCUUAACGUAGUAAAACAAACUAAAGCGACUUUAUUUCAUCCUAAUUUAUGUAAAAUUAAUUCUCUCUACUCGUAUAAUAACAAUAACAAUAACAAUAAGAAUAAUAAUGAUAAGAGUAGCAGUAAUGAUAACAAAAAUAAUAAAUACGAUAAGAAUAAUAGUAAUUAUAUUAACAUUCAAUAUCGUUUUAUUAAUUUAACAGAUACUUGUAUAUCGUUUCGUAACAAUGAGAGCAGGGAAAGAAUAUAUCAGGAAUGUACAGUUGAGUCAGUCCUACGUUAAAAUAUGAUGAUUAUGAGAUAAGUAACAGAAACAUAAUAACGAAAUUACGUAAUUUAUAAUUAUACUACUGUAAAUAAUAGUAACUUAAUUGUCUGUUUCAAGGUGAAUUUAACGAAGUUUGCUUUUAGUUUAAUCAAUUAUACAUAUAAUAUAAAUAUAUCUCUACUCUGCAGUAUUCUGUAUACAUUCAUGCUGCUGUGAAUAUGAGACUAUCAAUUAUUUUGAUAGAUUUCAUUCAGUACGUCUACUUUAUCAUUUUUGUCAAAAGCAAAAUUACCGAUAUAUUACCUACGUAUACGGCUAUUUUCAACUUUGGCACACAUUACAUAUAUAUUUAUGAAAGAAGCAAAAUAAUAAUAAAAGAAAAAAAGUAAUACGAAAACACAAAAACGAAUAACGCGAUUAAUACGCUUUGAUCUCAUAAACAACACACGAGUGUUCCAUUUGCAUUAUAUAAUUUAUUAUAUUAUAUAUUUAUAUAUUUUCAAAUGAAGAUUUUGAAACACAGAAAGUAUUAUACCAGCGGACAGUAGACCAGUACAGAACGAUAUAAUGACACUGUCUCGACACAUUUUAUCUCCUUACUGCCCUGAUUUCCCCUGUAUAGGAUAUAAUAAUCCAUAUGUACGCAAAUAAAACUUAUUGGCUGAAAUUUUGACUCACAACAAUUAUGACUUGGUACAACAUUUUUCACCUAUUGUCAAGUAUAGGUUUCCUUACAGGUAUAUAAACAUACAUAUAUCUAUUUUCUUUUUUUUUUUAAUGGAUACGAUGACAGCAAUAAUUAGUUUUUACUCGUCUAUUGCCCGCCAGAAUUUCCUAUACACAUAAUAGGCUACAUAUAAAUUAUACAAAUAUAUGUUUUCGAAAGUCGCGUGUGUGUGCUGCAGAUUUAAAACAAGUUUGCUGGAUGCCUGCCGAUGGAUGCGCUAUAGAAUUACAGUCGCACGCAACGUUACAUUAUACCUAUAUUCUUACAGCAAAUAUUAAUUGGAUUGAUUGUUUUACCAUGGAGCGUAUACAUAUAAUACAGACAGGUCACAGGAAGAUCUUAAUGACCCGAAUUCACACCUUGCUCGACGUUUAGUAUUACACGUACCUCAUAUAAUGAAAAAAGCAAAGUAAAAAGAAAAAGAUGAAGAAUCGAAUAAAUUCAAAUUGAUGACGAAGAAAAGAAGAGAAACAAAUCAUCAUAAUUAUAAGAUUAAUAAUAAUUCAAAUUAUGUCUCUAAUAAUUGUAAAAUAAAGGAGAGAAAAGAAAAUGACGAAACAAACAUAAUGUCAAAUUUUGCCUAAUUUAAAUGAUGCACACUUGGUGCGUGUAUGGGGGGGAAAAGUGUUUUUAAUAAAAAGUCUACCACAGAACAAAAGAACGAAGAGAUACGAACGUAAAUUUAAUUUAACAUACGCUGCUGGCCAAAAGUUUAGGUAUACCUGUAGAAAUUUCUCGCCGCACCACAAGUUAGAUAGCGAACUCAGAAUUGAAUAAAAUCAAAUUUCCAGAAAAGCGUUUUCAAGGCGACGAAAUCAACUUCAUUUUACUUUUUUUUUGGAAUUUCCUACACCUUUACGGCCCAGGUGUGUAUUUGUACACAUGGCCGUCUUUUGGCUAUUUUUUAGCCACCAAAAAUCAACUUCAGUUCAAGAAAAAUUUUUAUCUCGGUUUGUUUCUGCAGUAAACUUUAAGUGGUCAUCAAAACUUUACGUUUUGUUCUUUUGAUUAAGUUUCGUAGGAUUCUUUAUCGCCCCAGUACUAUAUUUUCAGAAAAAAAAAUUAUUUUUUAUUGAAUUUUCAAAUGUUGAAAUUAAAUAAUUUCCUUUUGAUAUUCUGAUGUAAAACAUGUCUUUGCUAGAAGUUCAAUACCGAAGCGAAAAAAAUCGUAGGAAACUUUUCAAAAAUCGAAUAUAUAGAUUUUGAUAUCCUCUUCAAGUGUACCACAGAAAAAACCGAGGGAAAAGGUUUCCCUAAGCUGUAGUAGGGUUGAUUUUUAGCGGCUAAAGAAUACCAAGAACUUCAAAAACACGUGCCGGGGCCAAAAAGAAUGUUCUAAAAAAAAAGCAAAAUAAAGAUGAAUCUGUCCUCUUCAAAGCGCUUUCCUGAAAAUUUGAUUGUCUUUAUUUUUGAGUCCGCCAUAUAACUUUUGGUGCGGCAAGAAAUUUUGACUGCCCAAUCCAAACCGAAACUUUUCGACAGCAGUGUCCCGACAUGUAUAUAGAUAUGUGUAAUGUAUAGUUUGAGGUCACACUAUUUCGAUCGCUAAUUAUGAUCCUGGCCAAACUUAUUCUAACCCCAUGACUGACUAUUGGGGUGAGAUAGGUGCCCGGCGCACCUAGUCGUAAAGUUUAAGAAAAAUUAUAAUUAGGGCCCUACAACCGUACCACCGACUAAGGUCCUCAAACCAUACGUUAAACACUUCGAAAUAUUUCUAUAUAUAAUACCUUGAUUAUACAUGAUGCAUUGUAUUGUCUAGACAAUAUGAACGUUAUCGUAUAUAACAGAGAUGCGCGCGAUUUGGCGAAAAUAAUAAUGCACUUUCCAUUAUUCGAUUAACAUUAUAGGUACGUCCCGUUUUUUGUGAUGUGUUCUCAUUCUUGAACAGUGUGAUCAUCUUUAAAAUAAUCUUCGAAAAUUAAUAAAAGAAGGAAAGCGAGUAAAAAAAACAGAUUCAAACAAAACGAAAGAACAAAUUUAUAUAUUGAUGAUAAAUCGAUGCUUUCGAUAUGGCGAAGGCGAUAAGAUGCGACUUUGGGUCAAUUCAGUUUAUCUCCUAUAAUUGUUGAACUAUGUAAUAAUGCGUGACUGAGGUAAACAUAUAUAUAUGCUUUAAAUAUGUGACAAAUGAAAACCAAAAGAAAUAGAACAUAUUAACAAAUUUUUUUGUUCGUUUUUCUUUUUUCAUCUUCACCUAAACGAAAAUCAUGUAUGUAAUUCGAUUUCUCCGUACAUAUAGCCGAAGUACACAGUGGUUAUGCAGCGUUAAGAAUAUCCUCGAUAUGUAUUCAUAUGAAUUCAAUUUUUGAUCGCGAUUACUUAUACAUAACCGUAAUGUUAUGUUAUACAUAAUUAAUACACCCUAUACUUAGGUCAGUCACACAUCAUUUGUUAUUAAUAGGUAAUGUAUAUUUGUCGUCAUAAUCAAUGAUGUUUGCGUAUAUAACAUAGCUAUUGUAACACCGGAAGAAUAGAAAAAAAAGAAAAAUUGAAACGAAAAGUUUGAAAAAAAAAAUGUAAAAACGGUAAAUAAAAACAAGAUAAGAAAAAUGAAAAUCCAUCGUAUAACCAGAGAAACCGUAAUGUAUGUACAUAAAAAAAGCGGCUGAUCGAUACUUUGAUUUAUUUAUUUAUGUAUUAGGAAAUUACGACAGAUGUAAGAUUACGGGAUUAAAUCUCCUUGGUCACCAUGGGUAAAUUUUACCCAUACCUAUUUUUUGACAAGUUGACCUAUUUACGAUUCUUUUCUUUUACUAUGUUGUCAUUCAAAUUUUGAGAUACCGACUUCUGACACAUGUUCGAGAAUGUUCAAAGUAUUUUCUAGUAAUUUUUGAAUCGCGACCCGACUGAUAGUUUGCACACAGCAACCAUUUGAACUUGGCUGGGUGAAUUUUACCCGGUGUGACGACGGAGGGUUAACAUAACCGAUCGUUUGCAAAAAAGGUAAUAAAAAAAAAACAACAAAGGAGCGAAAUAUGAUUGAAAGUACAGUAAACUUAAAGCGGGGUGAAGAACAUUACGAGGAAAGUUUGGAGAACAAAAAAUAAUACACAUAAAACAAACAGACGUAGAACGUAAAACUAAAACGAAUAGAUGAAAAUCAGACAUGUUGAAGAAGAAUUAAAAAUGAACGCUCACUAUAUUACGACAGUUUCUCAACUUACCAGAGAAACAGUAAACCAUGAAACAUAUAAUUGUACAAUAAAGUGUUGAAAAUAGAAAGAAAAAUAAUGAAUAAAAAGAUUAAAUAAAGCGGACGUUGUAAAAAAUACUUGAGAAAGACAGGAGAAAAGGAGGAGGGGCAGGGAGUCAAAAAACAUGUAGGAACAGAAAAGAUAUUAAAAACGAGGUGUGACAAAAACAGAGAACGAAACUCUCAAAAAGAAUACUUAUACUUAUAUACCUAUGUCAAAAGAAUUCACAAGUUGAAAAUUAAUAAUACGAAGCAAAAGAAUUCUUCGCUCUCUCUUUUACUUUUUGGUUUGAAUUUUUCUUUCACCUCGGUUUUUCUUUGUUUCAUUUCUUUUUAAAACACUUAGUCAAUUGACAUACUUAAUUAACUACAAUUCAUUAUACGGUAAUUACAAACGGUUCCUUUUUAGGUAAUCAUCAUUCUCCACUGAACGUAUGUGUACGUAUGUAUAUGUACCAAUAUGUAUACGUUAAAAUGAAAUUUUAACAAUACAUGCGUACGCACACUAGAUUAUUCUUUAGGGAAAACUAAAAAAAAAAGAAAAUUUAAUAAAUAAAUGAAUACAUUCCCGAAUAAUUAGCUUCAUAUAUCAUUGCAGCUGUUUGCAUUUUAAUAGCGGGGGUGAAUAAGUGAAUAAAAUAAUAAACAAACAAACAAAACUAUAACAAUACGCAACAUUGAAAGAUUAAAAAAAAAAAAAAAAAAAAAAAAACAGCAGCAACGAGACAAAAAAUGUACAUGAGAACGAGAAGAAAAAUAAAUAAAUAAAUAAGUAAAGUAAGAAAUGAAUAAAUAAAUGAAUCAACAACACCUUGAGAUUAAUUUGCUCACGUUAUAACUAAAGUUUCGACGUGCCUUCGUACGUAUAUAAUAAUUGUUAUUGAAACUUUAGCGAUAAUAUAUAUAUAUAUUUAUAUAUAUACAUAUAUAUAGGUAUAUGCAUAUAACGUAGUCAAAUUAUUAUGCCAAAAUAUCAAGCUGAAAAAAAGAACCCUGCGCAUGUAUAAUAAUAAUAUACUAUACAUAUUAUAUAUUCUUGAGGAAAAUUUCAGAAUCCUGGAGUUACUUAAGUCGUUUAAUUACGUCAAACAAUUUAUUAUUAUACUGUACCCAAAAAAAAAUGGAGAAAAAAGGGGAAGCAAAAAACCAUGAAAAUAAAAUUAACUCAAUCUCGA